AUGGCUUCUAACAAGAUUGUUAAGAAAGCUGGUGCCCCAGCUGCUAAUGAGUUCGAACUCUCCGUUGCUCAAGCCCUUGUUGAUCUCGAAACCAGUGUUCCCGACUUGAAGGCUCUCCGUGCUCUUCAAAUCUCUGCUGCCAAGGAGGUUGAACUCGGCAGUGGUAAGAAGGCUAUCGUCAUCUUUGUCCCUGUUCCUAGCCUCAAUGCUUUCCACAAGAUUCAAGCUAGACUCACUCGUGAGCUUGAGAAGAAGUUCUCUGAUCGCCACGUUGUCUUUGUUGCUCAACGUCGUAUCUUGCCUGUCCCCACUCGUCGCUCCAACGACAAGCAACCCCGUCCUAGAAGCCGUACUUUGACCGCUGUUCACGAUGCUAUCUUGGACGACCUCGUUUACCCCACUGAAAUUGUUGGCAAGAGACUCCGUCAAAAGGUUGAUGGCUCCAAGACUCUCAAGGUCUUCCUUGAUGCCAAGGACGCCACUUCUCUUGAAUACAAGCUUGACACCUUCUCUGCUGUCUACAAGAAGCUCACUGGCAAGAACGUCGUUUUUGAAUUCCCCGCCAACGCUGAAUUCUAAAGAUGAACACGGAUCAAAAAUGAAGAAAAGAGGGUGCACGUUUCAUGGAUUUUGUCUUUUAAAUAAAGAAAAAAGUAGCAUUUUCAUAAAAUGAAUUAUUAUAUUGAGCUUAAAUGAGAGAGGGCGAAUUUGAAGGUUAUGAUAUUCCGUGUACAAACUAUAGCCCUAUUCACAUAACAAUAAUGUCAUCCUUUCUAUAUUC